AUGGACGUCACCAACGGGUCGCCAAACAACUCGCUAGCCUCGUCCUUACAGGCAAUGAAUAUCGGCAGCAAGGAUCAGGAGAGCAACAGCCCUGCAAAGCGAGCUAUGCCUGCCAUGGCUGCCACUCAUAGUCACGUCGGCAUGAACCCCAACAGGAUAAGGCCGACUGAAGAUAUCUUUAACCCCGACGACCCGCAUAUCCACGAAGGAUACAAUGCUUCGCAAAUGACGAUCCAGGAUGAGUCCAAUGUUAAAUGGCACGAGCGGGAGGAAAACACUAACGACACGCGUCGGUUGAAGAAGGCCAUCCUUGAUGGAGAGUGGACAGAAGUCGACAAGAUCUGUUCAAAACCGCUCUUCAAGAACCAAAAGAGUUUUCUCUUUGCCGUCUACAAGCAGCAGUAUCUCGAGUACAUUGAGCAUCGGGAAAUGCAAAAGGCAUUCACAUUUAUUCAAAAGCGCUUGAAACCCCUGGAGCAGCAUCAAAAGACCCCAGCAGAGUUCAAGGACCUGUGUUACCUUCUUACAACAAAGUCAAUCCAUGACGCGCCUUCGUUCAGAAGUUGGGAAGGAAUCGCUCAGGGACGAGACAAGUUGGUCGAAAAGUUCCAGAGCAUGCUCGAUGUCGAGAACUCUGUCAAGGAUGGUUCGAUCUAUGUGCCUCCAAACAGAUUGCUCAACCUUCUCCGCCAAGCGGUUGCCUACCAGAUCGAGGUAUCACGCUACCAUCCAAGGAUCUCACCCAUUGUCGAAACACUUUUGCAAGACUUUUCGCCCUUUGUGAUUCCCAACGCAUGCAAAACCAUCAUGCAAGGUCAUCGCGGCAACGUCAAGUGUGCCGAGUUUGUUGGACACGAAGGCCGCACCAUCAUCUCUGGAUCAAGCGACAAUACGCUCCGGGUGUGGGACACGGAAUCAGGGCAAUGUCUUCAUAUUUUGGAAGGUCACUCUUCAAGAAUCUGGGAUGUAUCAUCCAACGAUGCUGGAACAACUGUCGCCAGUGCCAGUGGAGACUCGACUGUCAAGAUUUGGGAUAUCAAGGGCUCCAAGGCUUCCUGUCGGGCUACCCUCAGCGGCCAUUCUGGAGAUGUCUACACUGUGAAAUAUCACCCAACCAGCAACCAUGUGGUUUCGGGAGGAUACGACAAGAUUGUGAGGCUGCACGACUUGACGACAGGACAAGUAGUAAAGACAUUCAGCGGGCACCAGCUCGCGGUCUCCAAAGUCAUUAUUAACCCCGUCGGCAACCUCAUUGUCAGUGGAUCCAAGGACAACACUAUCAAGUUCUGGGAUCUCGUUUCAGGCGUGUGCAUCAAGACCAUAUCUUCUCACUUGGGCGAGGUCACUUCCGUAGCCAUGAACUCAAACGGCACGCUUCUUCUCAGCAGCUCAAAAGACAACUCGAACCGCCUAUGGGAUGUCCGUAUGACACGCCCUCUCCGGAAGCUCAAGGGUCAUCAGAAUACGUCCAAGAACUUUAUCAGAGCAGGAUUCGCACACAACUCGCUGCUGGUAGGAGGAUCCGAGGAUGGACUUGUCUACAUCUGGGACCAAGAGUCGGGAGACAUCCUGCAAAAGCUCCAAGGACACGAGGCCAUGGUCUACAACGCCGUUUGGUCACCCAAGCAGAGCAUGUUUGUCAGUUCAAGUGAUGACAGAACUGUCCGCACCUGGUAUUACGAUGAAAAACGAGCUCUGUGA